UCCACUGCACCACUGCCUUCUUUGGGCAGAAGAGAGAGUUCGAGGGAGGGGGAAAGGGAGAGGAGAGAUAGUUUUAGAGAGGGAAAGAUGUCGGACGAGGUGGUCGUGAACGUCGACAGCUUGGUGGCCGCAGCAGCAGCGGCACCUGAGGCCAGGAAUGGGGCCGGCGGCCACGGCGGAAUUGCCACCGGGGCUGCUGCUCCGCCGACGUCGACGCCGGCGCCGGAAGGCGCAGUGCCGGAGAUAAAGAUCUUCAUCGAGAACCCAGGGGGCAGCUUCAGCGGUACCAAGAGUGACAGCGUGGUGCAGUGCAAAAUCUGCCAUGACGAUGGGCUGGAAAGCGAGAUGGAAACGCCCUGCGGUUGUGAUGGAACCAUAAAGGCUCCAUAAUGAAGGUUUUCUGGCCCUUUCUGACUCUGAGAAUGAGGAAAAUAACCAUCGUCUCAGGUUCUGGAAAUAUGCAGGCUACAUUGUGAUGCUGCUUCUGUUUAUUCGCUACCUCCUAAUGAUUGUUGUAGACACCGGUGGCAUACAAGGCUCGACAUUGGAGUACUUUCAAAUGUAUGUUGAGUCCUCGGACUAUCUUUUGCCAGGCUAUAUGCUCCUAAGGACACUUUUCCUUGUCCUGUGGCGAGGAUGGCGUCGGGCCCUGGACUGAAGCAGGGGAGUUGGGAAAUUUCUGGUUUUGCUGCUAUAUGCUGGUUCAUCUGCUGUCCCUUGGUUGGUUGGUUUUGUGGUUGGUUGUCCUGUUGUUGUUUGGUUUCUGUAAUCCAUCGUUUUUGAGUAUGUAAGUGGUGCUCUCUUACUAAAGAGAGAUGAGGUAAAUAAGGAGCAGAUAACUCGAACUCCUGUAGUUUAUUGCUCCAAUUUAUAAUAUUUCAUGGCAUUUUCCUUAGAGCAUGGAUGUUGGCCGAAAUGGUUUCCU